AAUCACAAUCAUUUUUGAAACUUGUCAACAACAAUGAAGCAUUGCAAAUUUUAUGUAUAAGCCGUAAGCAUGUCUGGAAACUCUGGAAUGGUGUCGCAGCAUCCACACCAGGACUCCACUAGUUGCCCCAUAAUGUGCCUGCACGAGGAUAUCAUAUGUCAACUAUUCAACUAUAUACCACAACUGAGCGACAAGGUUCACUUGGCGUGUGUGGCACCCAAAUUCAGGGACGCCUUUGAUAACUGGGCGCGCAGACAACGAAGCCACUCACUGAAUGCACAGGAUGUGGAGCAGAUGCAGCUGCCCGAUCUGAUUGUUUUCUUCGAAGUGGCUGGACCAUUUAUAACCGUGCUGAUGGUGAACACUGCUUCGUACCAUAAGGAAUCUCUGAUUGUCGAGUUUAUCGCCGAAUAUUGCAAGAACUUGGAAGAAAUCCAUUUUAGUAAUGUGACCGAUGAGUUCCGAUUUGGUCAGUUGUUGUCGCGAUUGACGCAUCUGCGUCGAGUAAGCAUCCAUUGCAGCGAUGUCGAGGAUGUUUUAAAUUUAGACAUGGAGAGCAACCAGGAAUUGGAGUUCUUUGAACUGAUCAACGGCUGCUACACGGGCAAACAUCUGUGCGACUUUCCCAAACUACAGACAAUUGUGCUGCGAGAUUGUCUGCUGUGGAAUUCCGGUGAGCUGGGGAUAACUCUGAAAAAGUUGCGAGUUCUCGUUUUGGAAGGUUGCUGUUUUGAUGUGAUGAAUCAAUCGCUCUAUGAGAAGAUUGCCAAAUGCUGUGUGGAUCUGGAGGAUUUAACCUUCUCAAAUUGUGAUGUUCACUUCGAGGUGAUCGCCCAACUGGUGAACCUGAAACGAUGCACUCUUAAGACCUAUAUAUCCACCAGCAAUGAGCUCAACUUGGACUUCCUUUCGGCGCUGGCCGAGAAGCGGGACAGCAAGCUCCAAUAUCUCAAUUUAACGGGACAGUUUGAGAUUGGCAAUGAGCAUGCAACAUGCCUGGGACAAUUGAACACUCUAUUGCAAUUGCACUUUAGCGACAAUGAUGUGCUGGAGGAUAGUCACUUCCUGUUGUUCAAUGAUCUACCCCAGCUGAAGCUACUGGGAUUGUCCUGGUGUGGCAGUGUCACGGACACGGGACUAGCCAAUUUGAUUUGCCGCUGCCCCCAACUAAAUCGCAUGGAUAUCAAUCAUUGUAAUCAAAUCACCAACAACUUGGUCUUCAAUGCCAUCAGCUGCUGUGGCAAGGGGACGGGUCGCUCAAUGAUCCUCAAUGUGGCACACACCAAGAUCACAAACACAAUGCUCGAGCAUCCCAGUUAUCUAAAUCAAAAGUGCUAUCCGCAAAAACACGUCAAGUUGAACUUCACGAAUCGAUUGGACUGAGUUAUUGGGUUCACCCACAAGGAAGUACUAACUAUAUUGGAUUUAUUGAACAAUCGCAGCGCAUCUAAAACACGCACACAAUGCUCCAUUAUGGAACUGUAAUAGUUUCGAUAAUUGCCAAGUUUUGUUGUUAUGGAUUUAAUAAGUAAGAAAAAAAUAAUAAUAAAAACAAAUCAAAUGGAUUCGA